UGCAGUAUGCAUGUUCGCGAGGGAGUCCGCGAGUCGCUCAAGACCGAACGCGCGUUACUGGUGAGAAACACCCCCAAACAGCAGUCAACAUUAAUUGAUUUGGAUGUGGCGCGUACUUGAGAAUCGGAAAAGUGACCGGAACACGGGCAGUGCAGGAGGAAUACUAUAUUCGUGGGUGCUGCUCUCUACUUAACGUGGACAAUCAUGCAUGUGCUGUUUGGGGCACUAGGGUUUCUGCUAUUUCUCCCUAACUUUUUGAAUGUAGUGGCAUCCACAGGAAGCUCGCCUUCGAGUUCAAGAAAAGCUACAGCGUCCAAGCAUCUUGGCGCAUAUGAGAUUGUAACUCCUGCCCGAGUGAAUGAAGCCGGUGACAACUUUCCCACGACCUUGCACUUCAAAAGGAAAAAGCGGAGUGUGGACAAUAGCCCGGUCAACUCCUCCGAUCAAUGGGCUUCGCAAACAAUCUACUACAAGAUAUCUGCGUUCGGACAGAGCUAUCACCUCAACUUGACUCUCGAAUCCGGAUUUAUCGCUCCUCUUUACACUGUGACAGUUCUUGGAGCACCUACCAGAGGCAACAUAACGGAUUUAACCCCGGAGGAGGCAGAAGAGGAUACGGAGUAUCAGCACUGUUUCUAUAAAGGACAUGUGAAUGCUCAAACGGAGCACACAGCAGUCAUCAGUCUCUGUUCUGGAUUGCUUGGCACUUUCAGGUCACCAGAAGGGGAGUAUUUCGUGGAGCCCCUCCACAGCUACAAUGGAGAACACUAUGAAGAAGAACACACCAAACCUCACAUUGUGUACAGAACGAACUCCCCCAAGACGGAGGCCACUGGGAAUGGCACAGCUUGUGACACAUCAGGACAUAAACACAGGCACAAGAGGAACAGGGAAAAGGUAAAGCGACGUCGGCCGGCCGGCGUCAGUAGUGGAAUGCUGAAUGACCUGGCGAGCCUGUCUGCGGGCCUGACUGCGGGUGCAUCCUUCAGAUCACAGGCCGAGGGCAGCCGACAGACAGCCAACGGCAGCAGCAGUGAUUCGGGACCUCGCAGGAGAUCAAAGCGCUUCCUUUCCUAUCCCCGCUUCGUGGAAGUCAUGGUGGUGGCGGACAGCAAGAUGGUGGAACAUCACGGGACCAACCUUCAGCACUACAUCCUCACCUUGAUGUCCAUCGUGUCUUCCAUCUACAAGGAUCCCAGCAUCGGAAAUCUGAUUCAUAUUGUCAUUGUGAAGUUAUUCAUAAUAAACAAUGAGUCGGAUGGUCCCGUAAUUUCCUUCAAUGCACAGACCACAUUAAAAAACUUCUGUAUCUGGCAACAGACGAAAAACCAGCAAGAGAAUCCUCACUCGCAUCACGACACAGCAAUUCUAAUCACCAGGCAGGACAUCUGCAGAGCACGAGAUAAGUGUGAUACUUUAGGGCUGGCAGAGCUUGGUACAGUGUGUGAUCCGUAUAGGAGCUGCAGUAUAAGUGAGGAUAACGGGCUCAGCACUGCGUUCACCAUCGCCCAUGAACUCGGCCAUGUAUUCAACAUGCCACACGACGACAGCAACAAGUGCAAAGAGGACGGGGUGAAAAUGCAGCAGCAUGUGAUGGCGCCCACCCUCAACUACUACACCAACCCCUGGAUGUGGUCCAAGUGCAGCAGGAAAUACAUCACCGAGUUCCUCGACACAGGGUAUGGGGAGUGCUUGCUCAACGAGCCCGUUUCUAGGCUCUACAGUCUGUCGCAGCAGCUGCCUGGCCGGAUAUACGACGUCAAUAAACAAUGUGAACUGAUUUUUGGGCCGGGGACGCAGGUGUGCCCAUAUAUGGUCCAGUGCCGCAGGCUGUGGUGUACCAGCCCAGAGGGGGCCCAGAGGGGCUGCCGGACCCAACACAUGCCCUGGGCCGACGGCACCGAGUGCUCUCCAGGAAAGCACUGUAAACACGGCCAGUGUAUCCCCAAGGAGCACGACGCCACUCCGGUGGAGGGGGCGUGGGGGGGCUGGUCUCCGUUUGGCUCUUGCUCGCGAACAUGUGGCGGGGGCAUCAAGAUUGCCGUGCGUGAGUGCAACCAACCCGUGCCCAGGAAUGGGGGACGGUACUGUGUUGGACGCAGGAUGAAGUUCCGCUCGUGCAACUCGGAGCCCUGCUCCAAGCAGAAGAAAGACUUCAGAGAGGAGCAAUGUGCUGCCUUUGACGGCCGGCACUUCAACAUCAACAGUCUACCUCCUAACGUGCGCUGGGUACCCAAGUACAGCGGAAUUCAGAUGAAGGAUCGCUGUAAACUGUUCUGCAGGGUGGCUGGCAGCACAGCCUACUAUCAGCUCAGGGACAGAGUCAUCGACGGAACACCAUGUGGCCCAGACACGAAUGACAUCUGUGUGCAGGGCCUGUGCAGGCAAGCAGGGUGUGACCAUGUGCUGAACUCCAAGGCCAGGAGGGAUAAGUGUGGUGUGUGCGGCGGUGACAAUUCCUCAUGCAAGACCGUGGCAGGCACCUUCAACAUUGUGCGCUAUGGAUACAACGAAGUGGUUCGAAUACCCAGUGGUGCUACAAACAUUGAUGUCCGUCAACACAGUUACUCAGGGAAACCAGAGGACGAUAACUACCUCGCUGUUUCAAACAGUCGUGGGGAGUUCCUGCUUAAUGGUGAGUUUGUUGUCAGCAUGUUUAAAAGGGAAAUCAAAGUGGGCAAUGCCCUCAUCGAGUACAGCGGCUCCGACCACGUCAUCGAGAGAAUCAACUGCACUGACCGUGUUGAGGAGGAGAUUGUUGUCCAGGUGCUUUCUGUAGGGAACUUGUACAACCCUGAUGUCAGGUACUCCUAUAACAUCCCCAUCGAAGAUAAACCCCAGCAGUUCUUCUGGGAUGCAUACGGCCCAUGGCAGGAGUGCAACAGGCCUUGUCAAGGAGAGCGAAAGAGGAAGAUCCUGUGCAGUAGGGAAUCGGAUGGUGUGGUGGUCUCCGACCAGAGGUGUCACGGGGCUGUCAGACCAGCCAUGAUCACGGAGCCCUGCAACGCCGAGUGUGAACUCCGGUGGCAUGUGGCACGGAAGAGCGAAUGCACCGUCCCGUGCGGAGUGGGGUAUCGAACUCUGGAGAUCUACUGUGCCAAAAUCAGCCGUGCCGACGGAAAGACCCAGAAGGUGGACGAGCGCUACUGCAGCAGUCAGCGCAAACCUGACGACAAGGAGAGUUGCCAUGGAGACUGUAAUCCAGGCGGUUGGGAGUACUCGUCUUGGUCAGAGUGUUCUAAAAGCUGUGGUGGAGGAUCCCGACGUCGCGCGGCCGUGUGUGGGAAGGGGGAUGAGAGCAAAUGCAGCCAGAGAGACAAGCUCACCACAGUCCAGAACUGCAAUGAGUUCCUGUGUCCGGCAUGGAAGACAGGAGAAUGGUCUGAGUGCCUGGUGACGUGUGGGAAAGGCUACAAACACCGGCAGACCUGGUGCCAGUUCGCCGAGGACCGGCUGGAUGAUCGCCUCUGCGACUCCGGAUCCAAGCCCGAGUCGGUCCAGACGUGUCAGCAGCAGGACUGCGCUUCGUGGCAGGUCGGAGCUUGGGGGCAGUGCACUACCUCGUGUGGACCGGGUUACCAGAUGCGAGCUGUGAAGUGCGUUGUGGGGUCGUAUGGAUCCGUCAUGGAUGACACUGAAUGUAACGCAGCCACGCGUCCCACUGACACUCAGGACUGUGAACUGGCCCAGUGUCCCGUCAGCCACCCGGUUCCACAGGGAACCAAAGUGCCCCCGCACCCCCCACACAAAACCCAGUGGAGGUUUGGUUCAUGGACGCAGUGCAGCGCCACCUGCGGCAAAGGGAACCGGAUGCGCUACGUCAGUUGCCGUGACAACCAGGGCGGGGUCGCAGAGGAUUCUGCCUGCUCCCACCUGGCCAAGCCCCCGGCCAGGGAAAUGUGCUCCGUGGGGGCCUGUGGACAAUGGAAGGUGCUGGAAUGGACAUCGUGCUCCGUGUCCUGUGGGCAGGGAAAGACCACACGUCAGAUAGUAUGUGUGAACUUCAGCGAUCAGAUGGUGGACGCGGUGGAGUGUGACCCUGACGACCGCCCCGCCACGGAGCAGGAAUGUGCCAUGUCCCAGUGCCCCGCUGCACGCUCCAGCGACCCCCGGCCCUUCCCCCCACCCAGCGGCAGCGUCCGCAGCAACGGGGGCGACGGCCGCGGCGGGGAGAGAAACCAGGCCCACCAGUGGAGAACAGGCCCCUGGGGGGCGUGCUCCAGCACGUGUGCCGGCGGCUUCCAGAGACGCGUGGUGGUGUGUCAGGAUGAGAACGGAUACACUGCCAACAACUGUGAGGAGCGCUCCAAACCGGCCGAGCAGCGUUCCUGUGAGUCGGGCCCAUGUCCGCAGUGGGUCUAUGGUAACUGGGGGGAGUGCACCAAGCCGUGCGGCGGCGGCAUAAAGACACGCCUGGUGGUGUGUCAGAGGCCCAACGGAGAACGUUUCAACGAUCUGAGCUGUGAGAUUCUGGACAAGCCUCCCGACCGCGAGCAGUGCAAUACUCAGUUGUGCCCGUCUAACCCUCACUGGAGCACAGACCAAUGGAGCUCGUGCUCUGCCACCUGUGGUAAAGGAAGGAAGAACCGCAGAGUGCGCUGUCUGACCCAGUCCGGACAGCCCCUUCCGGAAGAAAACUGUAAGCACCUGACCCAAGUCCCCAGGGAGAAGAGUUGUCGGGGCCGUCGCUGUCCCAGGUGGAAGACCGGGGCCUGGGGAGAGUGCUCAUCAACAUGCGGUAAUGGAAAUCAGGAGCGAGAUGUUUUCUGUAUGGUUGGAAACCGACGCAGCUCCGAGAAGAAUGAAUGCCCCUCAUCCUCUCGCCCUGCGUCCAGGCAGACUUGCCGGGUCACCGACUGUCCAUCUCGGUACCGGUGGAGCGAGGGAGAGUGGCAAUCAUGUAGUAAAUCAUGUGGCUCCGGCAACCGGCGGCGACAGGUGCUGUGCAGGGACCAGAUGGGAGAGGAGGUUCAUGAGAUGUUCUGCGUGGACCAGGGAAGACCAGACGACUCUGAGAGCUGUAAUACACAUGUCUGUGAGUUCAUCUGGAUUACAGGGGAAUGGACUGAGUGCUCCGCCAGCUGUGGACCUGGGUACCACAGACGUCUGGUCUCUUGCAGUGAAGGGCAUGAUGGGAAGGAUAACUAUGAGUAUGGGCAUCAGUCUUCGUCCAGCUGUCCUGGGACCAGCCCUGCGAGCUAUAAGCCGUGUAACAAAGGGCCCUGUCCUAGAAACCAAGAGUGGAGAGUUGGGAUCUGGGGACCUUGUUCAGUGACCUGUGGCGAGGGCGUAAUGAUGAGAACAGUGCAGUGUGUAUCUGUGGAGGGACUAGCCAUCGGCGCUUGUCCUUCAGACGCUAAACCGGAGGCCAGGAAAUCCUGCAGCAGCCCUGCCUGCCAUCUGCCCGCUAGCUGCCGUGACGUCCAGAGUCUGUCUGGCUUCCAGCCUGACGGUGAACAUUUCGUCAACAUACAAGGAAAAGCGCUCAAAAUCUACUGUGCGGGGAUGCAGACGGACAUGCCUAGGGAGUACGUCACCUUGACAGCAGGGGAAGGAGAGAACUUCUCCGAAGUGUUUGGCUUCAGACUGAUAGACCCUACCCAGUGUCCGGCUAACGUGACCAGGAGAGAAGACUGUGAGUGUAGGAGGGACUACACCGCUGCCGGAUUCUCCAGCUUCACCAGAGUACGACUGGAUCUCAGCAACAUGCACAUUAUCACCACAGACUGGCAGUUUUCUUUCACCCGCGAGGGCCACAGAGUUCCAUUUGCCACGGCUGGAGACUGCUACAGCGCCUCCCGGUGUCCACAGGGUCGAUUGAGCAUCAACCUCUCAGGAACAGGCUUCAAGCUAGCUGAGAAAACCAUUUGGGUCUCUCAAGGAAACUACGCAGUUGCUGAUAUACACAUAUCUCAGGAUGGCAGCAGAGUAACAGGAAUGUGUGGGGGUUACUGUGGGAAAUGCACUCCAUCCACCGGCUCCGGCCUGCUCAUCACAGUGGCCUAAAUCUACAAUGUUUAACCAGGUGCUCUUCGAGCCAAGAUGUCCAUCCUCUCAGUGGUUCUACAGUAACGAGGAGUCCUUCAAAACGACCUUCACUCUCUCUGAUUUGUAAAUGUGUAAAUAGAACAGGUGUAUGUACUGUACAUAACGUGUUAAAUUACUUAUUUAUUAUACUAUUUACUCAGCAUUUAUUUUUGUAUUGUAAGAUAACUGAUGGAUGGAUCUUGUAAUUAUAUUCAGUCCAGUGCAGGAUGGACCUUCAUUAUAUUCAGUCCAGCGCAGGAUGGACCUUCAUUAUAUUCAGUCCAGUGCAGGAUGAACCUUCAUUAUAUUCAGUCCAGUGCAGGAUGGACCUUCAUUAUAUUCAGUCCAGUGCAGGAUGAACCUUCAUUAUAUUCAGUCCAGUGCAGGAUGGACCUUCAUUAUAUUCAGUCCAGUGCAGGAUGGACCUUCAUUAUAUUCAGUCCAGUGCAGGAUGGACCUUCAUUAUAUUCAGUCCAGUGCAGGAUGGACCUUCAUUAUAUUCAGUCCAGUGCAGGAUGGACCAUCAUUAUAGUCAGGCCAGUGCAGGAUGGACCUUCAUUAUAUUCAGUCCAGUGCAGUUGCAGAGUUUCUCUCACACCAUGGCAGUUUUACACGUUAACGUGUAUGAAUGUAUGCACUUUGUUUUUAUAAUUCCCUCUCAACUGUCUCUGUAUACAUGCAUCCUAUACAGUUCCUAUACAGGCUAGCAUAAUUAGCCGAGUCUUUGUUGCCGGUGUGCUAUUUUCCUACCCUAGUUAGUAUAGAGGCUGUCUAGGCUGUUGUCAUUACCUGGUCUAAGAGCAGCAGCAAUCAGCAGUUAGCAGAGUGCUGGUACAUUAGUCACCUGCCCUAGCUCUCUAAGGCAGAUGGGAGAGACAGUGAAGCGUGGAGCCGCGCUGUACAGAUCAAUCUGGGGCAGCCAGGGGGGAGGACUGCUGUGGUGGAGGCUUAACACGGGCAGCUGCUGCAGAGGAAGACCCAGCCAGAUGUUGAAGCCACAGAGGAACAGCCCUGACAGGGGCCAGAUGCACACAGGAAGGGGGGGAGAGUGAUAGCUGUUCCUUUAAAGUUUAGUUAUUGAGGUAGCAGGAAAAUGUCAACGCUAGAGAGAGAAAUAUACAAGAAACAGACCAAUAGAGAGGAAAAAAAAUAGAAAGACAGUGAGAGAAUAUUCUGAUAGAGAUUUCUUCCAGACAAAAAUUAAUUUGAGCCUUUGGCAGUUGCAUACUUGAAUGUAGAAUAUUUACCUGAGAGUGAAAAGAUGAUGAUCCAAAAUCUUACAGUUUCCUAUGUUUCAGAGGAAAUAGGCAGACUUCCUAAAAGGAAAUGUGUCAGGGGAAUAAAUGGACAGAGAGGCUAGAUGAGAACGGAGAAACAACUAGGAGUGGAGGGAGGAGAGGCUCGCAGGCUAAUAAAUCCAUAGAGAUGUGCAUUAAAUCAUCAGAAACACUCAUCUUUCCUUUGUUAGUUCUGGAUCUCUCAGGUUUUGUGACAGGGAAUAGCCAUUAUGUCUUUGAGAUGGAGACCAUAUUCCCAUUGCACUACUGCAUUAAUCAAGCAGAGUUUACCUCAGGCCUACAGAAACAACACCGCUCCAAAGAGAUUUACUUCAGGGCCAAAGAGACACUUGUAAAACUGUGAGAGGUGAUGCCUUAAAGCUCUUAGGUGUCCACAUGCUGCCUGGAUCCAUCUCUUACUGUAAUGCUUUUUCUCAGCUUUCAUCUGAUUGUCUUUCCGAGGAUGGUCAACAUGUUUUCCUCCUAAUUCUGUCUUUGUGUUUGAUGUAUUUUGACAACAUCAGGGUACUUUCUGUUAAUACAUUUUUUUUACAUUCAUUUUAUGUUCUCUGUGCAACCAAUGUGGUUCAUGUGAUUUCUUUAUUAGACAUAUUGACAAAAAUAAUAAUACUUUUUUUAAGUAUAAUUAUUCUUACAUUUUUUGAACACAGGAUCCUAUAAUGAAUGGGAAUGUGGGGCUGUAUGGAAAUGUAGACAAUCACAUUCCUGUACAUGUGAGGACCUUCUUCUGUGUGUUUUCUAGUUUCAUGGUCUAGCAGAGCGAAUGGACAUUCAUACUGUGGAUAGAUUCAGAGGACACAGACACAUGUGCUUUUUUUAUGAAUAGGUCCUUUAGUUUAUCAUAUUUUCAUGAUGGUGUACCUCUUACUUUAUCAUGGUUUCAUCCAGCCAACAGCUAAAGGGGAUUUGUUUCUCAACCCAUGGCCAUUUAAACAAAAUGUAAUAUUUGUUUAGAUUUAAUUUUAAAAGAAAAUGUUUAAUGUAAUGUAAAAUAUUUUAUUGUCCAAAAUCUCCAGUGAAGAUUGUUGAUACUUUUUUCUGAUUGUGAAUAUCUGAUCAUCCAGAUUACGUAUUCUCAGGUGUUAAAAU